AUGAUAGAUGACCAGGCGAUGCAAGAACGCCCAAAAAAGAAAAAGCGUGGUCCUUAUACCAAAACAACGGACCAAGCGUUUGCUGCCAGCGUCAGCAAUGUGAUUCGUCGUGGCUAUCGCACGGAGCAGGCAGCUGACGCUGGCAAUAUCAGGUCAUCAACGCUUCGCUCAGCUUUGAAGCGUUACCGCUUGAGAGGUACAGCAAAGCCUCUUAAGCGGGGUAGAAAGCCACGUGGUGCUUUCAAUGACGAGUUGGUCUACUUCCUUUUUGGUUAUGUGGAUCAACAUCCUUUUGCCACCGUGGAGGAUGUUUUGGAUGAGGUCGCUGCAGAUCCAGUGGUGCAUGAGUUUAAGCCAUCUGUCGUAUUUCAAGUACCAAUACCAUCAUCAAGUACAAGGUGA